AUGCACGACGGACUCUUCUACAUUGAUGCAGGUGGAUGUACUAGGGUUUACAGUGAUGUUUUUAACCCAGAGAUUGGUCAAGUAAAGAGCUAUGAAUAUUCUAGCGCAGCAGAAAGACAGUUGGCGGAGAGCUUGGCGUUAGCUUCCAUAUCUGAAGAGGCCAGAAGUGUCGUGUUGAGAAAGAAACGUGGCAUCCUCUUCCCUAAUGGAGUCAAACUCUGUUCUCAGGAGUCAGUCAAGCAAGCAAUACAGAAUCAUCUGGACUAUUUUUACCUUCGAGUGUGUCAGGAGACAGUGUGGGAGGCUUUUAAGAUCUUCUGGGACAGGCUGCCCAAGAAAGACGAGUACCAGCUGUGGAUCAGCAGGUGCCAGAAUGGCAGUAUUAGUGUCUUUGAUAUUGGCAAGAGCUUCAGUCAAUCGCCCGAGCAUCUUGCCGUCAUUACCAGUAGAGUCAACAUGGCGUCAUCAACAAGUGAACAGACUACAGCUGCUUCUACAAAGGUUGAAAUGAUCACCAGCACCACUGGAAAAGUACAAGACGUUACUUCUCUAUUAGAAGAAGCUCAAACGAUGCAUCAAGAGGAAGAAUUCCUAAUGCAUACAUCAGCACAGACUUUAACAGAGUCUAUAGUUUCAACGACACAACCUACAUUUGUCCUAACAAAGACAUCUACAGCAUCACAGGCGCAACACACUUUGUCUCAGUCUACAGCUAUCUUAAAAAAAGCUACUCCAGAACUAACCACACUAGAGACCAUAAAACCAGUCAAGUCUACAGGUACAAGAGCGCAAUCACUGGAUAGCCCAACAGAGCCUAUAGUCACAUCAGCACAAUCUUCCGCUACUCCAGGAGUCUCUGUAAUUAUGGCAGAACAAUCUACCCCAACAGAGCCUUACAGUACAGCAGAACAGACUACAGUUCCCCCAAGAGACCCUUCAAUUAUAACUGAAGAAUCUUUACUUAGCCCACUGGAGUCCACCGUUUCUUCAGAACAGACGAUAGCUACAAUAGCACAGACGACAGUUAUUCAGACUGAUUCUACAAAUACAACAGGACGAUCCACAGUCUCCUCAAUACAGCCUACAGAAACAUCAUCACAGUUUCUAUUUACCAUGACAGGAACUACGCAAGUAACACCAAAAUUGUCAGUUCUGCCAGCAAAACCUUCAGCUACCCUAGCGGAACAGACUUCAACAGAACCACCAACAGAUGCAACUGCACAAUCUACAAUUUCACCAACACAGUCUAUGAUUAUAAUAGCACAAUAUGCAGAUACCACAACAGAGGCUUCCGUUAAAACUGAACAGACUCUGGUUUCUCAAACAGAGUCUGUAAAUAUUGGAGCACCCUUGACAGUUACCACAUCAGAGCCUACAGUUACGACAGAAAAUUCAAGCACUGCUUCAACACAGUCUACACCUCUUCCAACAGAGUCUGCGAACACAACAGCCCAGUCUACAGUUUCCCCAACAGAGCAUAUAGAAGCAAGAACCUUCUCACAAGAGGUGUAUCCUGAAUUACUGACAACUGAGCAGACAAGACCUGGGACUGAACUGCAUAUGAACCAGAUGAGCACUGAAAUGUCAAUCGUUACAGAGGGGGCAUUACCUGAAGAAGACACAUUGAUAGACGAUAUCACCCAUGAGCCUUCAUUAGAAACCCCCAUACAUUAUUUAUCUAGUCCUGCAUCAUAUCUAACAUCUAAAACAACCAUACCAAGGGAUUCAACUACAGCUGAACCACAAGAAACUUAUAGUGGCGAGGUUACAACUGAGUCAGACACUAAGAAAGAUGUAUCUGGGACUGAGGACUCAUCUACAGUUACAGCCAAUAAGGAAUCAUCCAGCAUAGACGGUACACAUGUCUCUGAUGUAGAAGAUAUGGAUAUGGUUAAAGAUAUCACAUCUCAAAAAGACAAUAUGGGAGGUACCACUAAGAUAAAUUAUGUUAUACCUCAUUCACCUGAUGUCACAGAGGAAACCAUUAGUAUUAUAGAGGAAGAGGGGACUGUUAAAGACACCGAAUACACACCUGAGGUCAUAUCGGGCACAGAAAUUGACAUCAAAAUAGAAGCCUCUGAAACAGACUUGCUUGAACCUAUAACUGAUAGGAAGAUACUGGUGGUUUCUGAGGACACUAAUUCAAACAUAGCUGAAACUGUAUUGCAAGAAUCCACUAUUGAUGUAGACGUGCCACACAGAGUUACAGACUCACCUGAGAUUCUUGAAGACAGAUCUGAAGGCAUAGUGGUCACUCCUGAGGAAAUGCUUGGUGCAACUGAGGUUACAGAUUUCUCAAUUUCAACAUUAUCUGUAAAUGUGGUGAAGGAUAUCUCUAAAGUGAUUAUCGAUGACAUACUUGACUUAACAACAGAACCAGCAUUUACUGAAGUCCUGCCUAAUUUUAAGUCCUCAGAUGACGACUCGACUGAGACUCGCAUUAUCCAGGGUAUCUCCGACACACCUCUUAAGAUAGACAGAUCAGCAGUGACAGCAAGAACAACAGAGCACGGCACUCCUAGAUUAUUAAUCAAAAGUGAGAAGACCACAGUGAACCUCAAUGAAGUUACAACCAGCAUGCAAAGAAAGACCUUUUCUACCAUGGUGCACACAUCCACACUAAAGAUAUCUAACAACAUUGAAGACAUAAACAACAUUAUUGGCAACGAAAUCGAAGACAACACGCCACGGCCGGCACGGCCGGUGGUGGAUCAUGUGGUAGAGCUUAGCAUAAAACUCAGAGGAGAGACAUAUGAUGAUGCCCUUAGAGAUCCAUCCAGCUUUUACUACCAGCACCUGUCUAAACAGUUCAUUGAAAAGAUUAAAGAUGCCUAUGAAAAACUUCCAGGGUUCAAGAGUGUUUUUAUACGUGAAUUCAGGCCGCAGAAAGACAUCCAAGGAGGUUUGGCAGUAGUGGUUCACUAUGCCAUUGUUUUAGAAGGAGACAUAGCGGGCAUUACCAAUGACACCAUGAACUACAUCACCCUUCAAUCCAACCAGGUAGAAAAAUCCUACACAGACCUGGAGGAAGUGCCCACUGUGGUCUAUACCAUCACAGACUUCCGCAGCUACAUCACAGGGGCUCUACGCAAAGAGACCCUCAGGAACAAUGGGAACACCACUCUGGAGGUGGACCCUGACUCUUUACAGCUGGAAAAUGUGGAGACGUUGCUGCCUUCCAGACCGACCAGCAGACCGCUCGACUCCAACGACAUGAUGGACAAUGUACUCGCUGCAGAAAAACCACCAAAUAUUCCUAAAUUGGAUUUGGCCAGUAAUGACCUCUUCCAGUUUGACCCAUAUGAUCCCUGGUUGGACUCCCAAAGUGAGGUGAUAAGUGAAAAUGAUGUGAUCAUCUUUGAACAAAAUCCCACUAGACCUCCAAGUGAAAGCACACAGAAUGCUGUGGUCAUUGUAUCAACUACUAUAUCUUCGACCAGUGAAGAACCUAGGCCUUUCACAGAAAAUGAUGCCAUCUUUGAAGAAGAGGAUCUCCUAUUACCCACAACCUCUGUCACCCCUAGCACAGUUUCUGUAACUGAGAUUACUCUUCCUACCAAUGUUACCCUGGAAAAUACUGAAGCAGAAAUGUCUUCUGUGGAACCUUUAGAAGUACCAGAGCCAGUCAACGAUAAUCAUGUAGACCUGGGAUCUGGAUCUGGCUUCUCUAGUGAUAAUGUCCAAGGCUCUGAUGUCUGGCCAUGGAUGACAGAAAAGCUUUUAUUGACCUCAGAGGAUUUUCUUGCAGCUGAAGUGGUAUCACAUGUUCCUAACAAGAAGAAUGAGGUGGAACCAGAAAGUGAUGACCAACAAAUAACUACCAAGAAACCUGUCGCAAACGAAUCAACAGUUCAUCAUGAACAGCCCACUGAGUCAACUGAUAUUCAGGGUACCACUGAUCUUACUCUGCCAUCAGCUAUAAAGUUGACGUCCCCUGAAAUAGUCCCUGCUGUAGAAGACAAUGACAUUCUUUUAGCAGAAAAGACUACAAUUGCCCCUGAUUCUAGUGAGCAACCACUCUUUGAAGAUGUCACAAAAUUGCCAGUCAUCUUCGGGUCAGACAUUAGGACAGAUUUAGUGCUGGAGAUUAUUGAAGAGGAAGUAAAAGACAUUAAACCUGAAGUCAAUAAAGCUCCAGUGUCUUACCUCUCAGACGAAGAUCUUGCCAAAGACAAAAUCAUGGUGGUGACUACACAACCUGCAUCAGUGGUUACAGAAGCACCAAGUGUAGACCCAUCAACCCCUCUUUCACCUGAGAAGGAGUCUCCAUUCACAGUGAUAUCUGACUAUGCUGAUGUAGACGACGUUUCCCUUCUACGUUCAACAACAGAAUCUAUACACUCUACUAGGCUAGUUCCUGAAGACAUGACUUCAGAGGUUUUAACACAAGCCUUGUUCACCACUGGCAAUUCUACAGAACCAAAGGAAACAAGCACAUCUGCAGUAUCAUACACUUCCACAACUACGGUCACUUUUGAGGGCAUUGAUAUCUCUCAAGGAGACCUUUCAUCUACUACUAAAAAUGUAUUCCUGCAACCAACCGCCCAACCAGCAGACAGAAUAAUUGAUUCAGAAAUAUCUGCAAAUAAGGAUCCACCUGAAGAUGAUUUCAUAUCAACCCAUAUCACUUCUGAUAUCGAAGUUUUAGCUAAAAGCCAAAACAAUGAUAGCACCCCAACACAGUCUCACGUUCCAGACCCUCACAGCAUCACUGACCUUGAUGUAUCUCUUGAUAUUCAGUAUGAUGAGGAUAGUGGCAGUGGAUUUUCUCAUGGCACUGACAUGGCUGGUAUUGCCAUGCCUGCCAGUCCUGGUCGGUCCCUCAUGGUGUUUUUUAGUCUUCGAGUCACCAACAUGAUGUUCUCAAACAAUCUGUUUAACAAGAGCUCCAAUGAAUACAAGGCUCUAGAGCGGCGAUUUUUAAAUCUGCUGAUCCCAUACUUGCAGUCAAACCUUAGCAACUUCCAGAACCUGGAGAUUCUUAACUUCAGGAACGGUAGCAUUGUGGUCAACAGUAGAAUGAAAUUUGGCAAACCAGUACCCCAUGAAGUGAUCUCUGCAGUGUACUUUAUUUUAGAAGAUUUCUGCAACACGGCCUACCAGACUAUGAACCUCGCCAUAGACAAACAGUCCCUAGAUGUUGAAUCAGGUGAGAGGGCAGACCAGUGCAAAUUUCAAGCCUGUAAUGAGUUUUCGAAGUGUGUGGUGAACCAGUGGACGGGUGAGGCAGAGUGCGUUUGUGACCCCGGGUACUUCAGCGUGGACAGCCUCCCGUGCCAGAGCAUCUGCACCAUCCGGGAAGAUUUCUGCCUCAAUGAUGGGAAGUGUGACAUCGUACCUGGCAAAGGUGCUAUUUGCAGGUGUCGUGUCGGGGAAAACUGGUGGUAUCGUGGUGAACACUGUGAGGAAUACGUCUCCGAGCCUCUGCUGGUUGGCAUUGCCAUCACUUCAGUUGCUGUGUUUUUGCUUAUUGCUUCUGGAAUCAUCAUCUUCCUGUCCAGAACACUACGAGAGCAAUAUGACAAAGACGACUCAGAGAAUCCACUCCGCUGUGAGGACAAGGUCUCAUCUGUGGAUGGAGGCAAUAAGUUCAGCCCCGUGUUUGAGAGUGAUGUAAGCUCAGGCUGCGGUCGGUACCGGCAGCCGUGUGUCAGCACCAACGAUUUCAGCACUGAGGAGUUCCGACAUGUUUACCAGAGGAGUGAGGAAAUCCUGGAUCAUGAUCGGAUUUUUGAGCAGUACGCUAAGGACCGCCAGUUUCCAGAUUUAAUCCAGAAGCACCAAGUUUAAGUAAUUUUAAUACUUAAAAGUUUUCUGGGAUUUCUGAUUGUGGGAUGAAAGUUCUGUCUCUGAUAGCUGAGCUCAUGAUUAGCAUUAAAACACUUAGUACACACAGAAUUAGUGUCACUGGAUUUGUAAAAAAUUUAUAGUAUACAGUAGAAUAAAACCAGGCUUUCAGAAGAAUAUGUGCUCUGAACAUUGUCACAAAAAAAAUCCUAAAACACUCAGAGUUGUGCAUGUACAUUAACUAAAAUAGAAAUAAAACUAUGGUUUAUUAGGAUUAUUACAGUUGGAUCAGAUUUUGACAGUUAUCUCAUAGUAAGUCAUCACUAGCUUUAUCGAUCACUUAUAUUUUAGUCUGAUCAGAGCCUGGUCUUAUGUAAGUAGAAAAACUGCUCAGGAUGAGCUUCCCCUAGGUACACUGGUGUCAUUUCACCACCCAAAAAUAUUCCACUGAGUAGAUUGGCUACUCUAAAGGUAAAAGUGGGUGAGUAACUAAAUUGGGAAGUGUGUACUUAGUGACCAGGAUAGAACAGAUUUAGAUUUAAAGGAUUAGUCUAAACUAUGAAUGAGAGAUUGAAUCCUUAGUGGUAGAAAAAUACAACAAAAGUACUUUGUAUUAAUAUAUAUUUUUUAAAUUAACUAAUGUGUUUAGUAGGACUGCAUGAUGAUUUAUCUUCUUUAGGACAGCAGUAAGUAUUUAAGCACUAAUGAAGACACGAGUUUAUUUUCUAUUUAUUUGAUUGAUUUAUUUGUUGACAUGUUUGCUUAUAUAUGUAUUCAUUACUUUUUACACAAAGGCCGGGUACACUCUUAAUUUGCCAGUGCCUUCUUUCGGAUCAGACCAUUGUCAUUGUUAGAGGUGAAGGAUUUUGGGAUUGUGUUGUAUGUUGAAAUAUGGACGUAUCUGACUGACCGGACACUGAACUGUGAUCUGUUUCAAACAUUUUAGGACAGUUUGUGACAAAACUGGAUCCCCCACACCUUAGUUAAACUUCAGUUUGAGAACCUUUAUUAAUUUCAGGCUUUUGUAUGAUAAAUAAACAUGAUUUCUUUGACUUUUAA